AUGUCUCAUGUAGUGCCAAUGGAUUUGGACAUCAUUGAAAAUGAUUUUGAUAAUAAAGAAAAUUCACAUCAACAUAACAACGCUCUGCCGAAAACUACUGGCACAGAAAAAGGGUAUGAAGAUAUAAAAGUAUCAGAAUAUAACAUGAAACUCACAAACUCAGCAUCGCCAUCUACGGUUGGUAUGUCCAAAAGCUUCACAUCACAUACUGAUUACAAAAGUGUAACUUCAGUGGAAGACAACUUGGUUAACACUAACUUAACACAAUCACUGAAUGUAUCUUCCACGAAUACUGAUAGUUUACUAAAAUCCCCAAAGUCUCUACCGCUUCAAACAAUUUCAAGUGAUGGUUAUUUAGAUAUUAACAGGAAUUCACCAUUAAGACAUUCUUUGGAUGCUGCAAACAAUAAUGGCACAGUUAAUGUAGUCAGUGUUGAUAAUUUAUCUUUACCAAGCACAUCUUCAUCUCUGGCACAUACACCAGAAGCAACAACACCAACCAAAGAUAUACCGAAGCUUGAGGAAGGUUCGCCCAUUAUGAGAGGAUUAAAGAGUGUAUUAAGUAUGUUUAGGUCUUCACAAAGCCCAAUUCCACCUUUUGAAAAUAAUAAAUAUGAUGAUAAUAAAGAUUUCCAUUCUGCCUCCGAAGCUAUAGUGCCAGUCAUAACAGACCAAACAGCGUCAGCAUCAACUCCUAUUAAAAAUAACAGUCAUUCUGAAAGUACUAACAAUUCAUUUAAGGAAAGUAUUGUCUUUAAUAAUGAUCUAGAAAGAGAGUUAAAAUGGAAAGAAGAUUCUGCUGUAUUUUUUAAAGAAGAGAAAAUACCAAUACAUAAAUUAUUAUUUCCUUGUCAACCCACCUCAGCUGUUAAAUCAUCUAAUAAGUUUAAAGAACAGAUAAACAAAACAGUUGAGAACAUGGAUAUAUCUGAAAAUGAUAUGGUCGCUGAAGACAAAGUCUAUAUAACAGACCCACAAAAUAAUGAUUUUAAUAAUAUUGAAUCUGAUAAUGAGUUCUUAGAUUGUGAAACAACAUUCAAUAAAACUGCCAAUUUGGAGACAUCACAAAAAGCAGUGACUGAAAUAUUACCAGCCACAAAGGAAUGUUUAAAUAUUGACAUGUCUAUUGUAGAUAGUGAUAAUAAAUAUGUAGCCACCAUUCCUACACAAGAAAUUAAUCUUGAAUCAGAUACCCAAAAUCUAAAUCUCAGUCAAGAAAUUGACUAUAAUGCCUUGACACAAAAUAUACAGCUUGUAUUACCAGAAUUAGUAGAAAAUUCAAUUAAAACUGUUACUGCUGACAGCGUGGCAGAAAAUAGUUGUAAUGUACAUUUAGAUAUUGAGCCACAAAACAUAAGAGAUUCUGUUGUUCUUGUUACUAAUGUUGAGACAGAAGCCAAAACAGCUGAAACGAUUAAACUUAACGAUAAUGUGAACAAGGGCUUUGAGAAAAUUGAGGAGAAAGUAUCUGGUGUUAUCAAUAAAAAUACAACUGUUACUGUUGAUAUUUCUUUGCCUACAACUUUAGAUAAAUGUUUUAAUGACAAAUUAUCAACUGGAAGAUUAAUACCUAUUAACACUGAUGCAGAUACUAAAGUAAAUGAAACUAUAAAUAUAGACCACUCUUUUAAUAAAACAUUUGAUUCGAAUAAAUUUGAUAGAAGUAAUAUCAAUCUUUCUAGAAACAUGGAAGUAGAAAAUAUUUUAAGUUGUGAAACUAAUGAAGGAUGUAUUGCCUAUUGCACUGAAGAGUCUAAUAAAAAUAAAGACUUAGGAACAUUCAAUAGUAAAUCAAAUGAAGAACUACCAAAACAGCCUGAAAUAGGGUUAAUGGCAGUGACAAAUUUAAUGAAUUGUGUUGGAAAUACUACAAUUAGUCAAUCUAGUGCAUCGAAAUUGCCAGAUAUUGUUCAAGAAGAACAAAAAUCGAAUGAAUGUGCAAGUUUGGACAUUACUAGCAAUGUAGUUGUUGAACCUAAUGUUGUUUUAAAUGACAAAUAUUCUGACAGUGAAAAAACCUACCAUGAGCCUGUAAAAUCAGAUAUCUCAAAUAAAACUAUUGGUUUAGAUACUAAAUUGCAUAAAAUACCAGAAAUCAGUAAUGAAAUUGAAAUUAAACACUCUGUCUUAAAUACAAGUGGUACGGCUAAUACCUUAAAUGAUAUAUACUCUUCUCAACUUGAACAGUUAGAGCACCCAAACCAGGAUAUUAAUUCUAUGAUUUUAGACAGUACCAAAGAACCAGUGCACAAUGAAAGAAAAUCGGCUGAACCUGACGCAGCCAUAGACGAGGUUAACAGUAUUAACCUUCAUAAUCCUCCUGACAAUAAUCCUAAUACAGUUAAUGAAACCAUCGCGCAUGAUUUAAAUAUAAAUAUAGCUAAUCUUGGUAAUGAUGUUUUAUUGGGUGAAAAUAUCAAGGACGAAAUAGCAAAUAUUUGUGAGAUCCAGCCUCAUUUAUUAGACAAUAAUGUGGUCGGUUCGGACUUACUCAUUAUAAAGAGCUUAGAAAACGAGUUCACUAUUGCAGAUCAAGACGUUACAAAUGAUUACAACACAGGUGUAAUGAAUGAAACCGAAACACAUAUAACAUCUUGGAGUGAAUUAGUGGAAGGAAAAACUGAACAACAAUUAUGUCCUGAAAUUAUUCAAAUAACUGAAUUAAAUGGUGAUUACAAAUUAAAAAGUAAUGAUAACACUUCAGUUAAUAUUUCUCAACCACAAAUAGUUUUCAAUGAUAUAGACAAUAUUGAAGCUAAUAAAGUAAAUCUUGACCACUCGGGAUCAGAUAAAUUAAAGGCAUUGGUUCGGCAUUCGCUUGAGACCGAAAUAUCGUAUAAUGUCAUUACAAACAGUUGCGAGUUAACUAAUCAAAAUCAAGAGCAUACAAAUUUUACUAUAUCCAGUCCUUUGACUCAUUCUAAAAUUGAAAGAAAUGUUUCUUGUAAACAAUUGAAUCCUGAUGAUAUAGCUGCUGCAAUUGAUGAUCAACUGACUAUUCAAAAUAUAGACAUGUCUGAGUUACACACAACUAUAACUAAAACAGAUGAACAAAAUACGAGUGAAAGUUUAGAAAAGCAAACCUGCGCGGAUAAUAUAAGUAUGAGAAAAUCAAAAAUAUUAAUAACUCCACCAAGGUCCCCUAAAAUUGUUUCAAAGGGAUAUAACUUUAAUUUUGAUGAAAUAGAUGAUCCUUUUGCUACUAAAACUAAUGUAAGGUUAUCACCACCGGCCGAAUAUAUACUUGAUGGCACAUUUACACAAAAUGUUAGACAAUCCCAGACGACGAUGGAACGGCAAAAUGAUACGCGUAAAAUAAACACUACUUUUGAUAGCACAAUUCCAAACAAUGACUAUUACGAAGAAAAUACUAAAGCAAGAAGCCCAGAACCAGCCAUAGCAAUUGAAGAAGAAUUUAAUGACACUAAUGCUAAUGAAGUAGAAAAAGACGAUAUUGUGCCGGAAAUAAUUUCCAAAGUCCAUAUGAAAAACGUUUUUAAUAUACCUGAAAUCGAAGAUAAAAAUUUUAAUCCGUUUGUCUCGACGUCGAAAAUGUGUGUGUCGCCUGCAUUUAAUCAAAGUAAUGCGGAAAAUAUGGAUUCAGACAUCGACAAUCGACAAAAUAGCAAAAUGAACGAUGUAAACAUUUUGGAACCUAAUGUCAGCGAUUCCUCGCCAACAUGUGCAGAUGAAACUCUAAAAGAGACAAAUACAGAAGAUGAGGAUACUGUUGAAGGACCUUUUCUGGAGACGGAAGAUAUAGCCCAAUUUGAGAACAACGUCGAUAUUGUUUAUAAUAACGUAAAACAGGAUUUAAUUGAAAACGAGUUUGAAAAACAGAGCGAAAACGUCGAUAAUGAAAUGUUUAUAGACGCAGAAGCAUUUGAGUUCUUGCUAAAUCAAAAUCAAGACAACAUUGUUGCUGAUAGCGGGAAAGAAAGCCUCUUUCUUAAAUUUGAUCCUUUGUUCGCUAAAAGAAUUUCAUCUGACGGGAUAUUUGCGGCUUUAAGUACUGCAUCAAAGACACAAAGCACUCCAAAGAAAAAAGGGCAGCUUGAAAAUGUUAAGGUCGACGCUGAUAAUGUUAAAUGUAGUUAUAAUAUGCCCUCAUCAAGUAAGGAUUUAGACCAAAUUGAAGAUGUCAAUUUAAACAGUGUAUCUAAACCUACGAUGGUUGUAAAUCCUGCGGUAAAUUCUAUAGUGUCGCCAAGGAAGUCUGCAACGCCACCUAAGAUAAACAGACAGUCAUUAACCUUUACGUCUCCUGCCAUGGCUGUUAUUGAUAGACUUCUUUCUCUUAGUGGGAAUUUAAGUACAACUUUAUGCCAUGACAUAAGUAUGCCGUCUGUAUGUACUGAACAAAACCAAACUGACUUAGCUCUUACGCAGUUAAGAGAAAUGUUAGCUGAAAAAGAAAUUCAAGUACAAUCCUUAAGAGACGAGCGUAAAGAAUUAACAAAUAGAUUAUCCAGGUUAGAAUCUCAAGUAAAAUCUCUGGAGUUUGAGAGUGAGGAAAGGUUGAGAAAAGUAACUGAUUUAAAUCGCCAACUGCUUGAAAAAAACAAAUUAAACAAAACAAUGGUUACUGUAGUAGAAGAGUAUGAAAGGACGAUUGCAACUUUAAUGUCUGAAUUAGAGCAAGAUAAAAGACGUAACGCCGAAGAGCGAAUGAAACUUAUCAGGGAUCGCGAUGAACAAACUGCGCAUCUAGCAAGCUUGGAAAUGUCAUAUAACGACUUGCAUAGCAAGUAUGAAAAAAGUAAACAGAUUAUUUUCAGUUUAAAAACAAACGAAGACUCCCUCAAGAAGUCUCUGCAAGAUUUUGAAGAUAACCAAACAAAAAUGGAAAACAAUUAUGAACUAUUGAAGCAACACGCCACGUCUAAAUUGAAUUACGCUAAUCAAGAACUCGAGAAGAUUAACAAAACUCAUGAAACUGAAGUGUUGAAGUUCAAAGCGAUGAUAAAGAGAAAAGAUUUGCAUAUUUCAUCGUUAGAAGAGACAUUGGCGCAGAAAACCAAGGCCAAUGAAGAGUUGACAUCCAUUUGCGACGAACUCAUUAACAAAGUCGGCUGA